AUUCACUACGGAUUCUGUAGAAAGUUCUAGGUCAAAUGAUUAGUUCUGUGACAAGACAGCAUGAUACUUUGAGUAUGACAGAAGCCCUGAUGCUGCAGCAGAGGCUGGGAAUAUUAAUGGCCAAAUCUAGAGAUCACAUGGUCUUCUAAAGAAGUCAUGGGUAGCUGUUGUAGCUGUCCAGAUAAAGAAACUGUCCCAGAUAACCAUCGAAACAAGUUUAAGGUUAUUAAUGUGGAUGAUGAUGGUAAUGAACUGGGUUCUGGCAUAAUGGAACUUACAGAUACAGAACUAAUUUUGUACACCCGUAAAAGGGACUCUGUAAAAUGGCACUACCUCUGUCUCCGUCGCUAUGGCUAUGACUCAAAUCUUUUCUCUUUUGAAAGUGGCCGAAGGUGUCAAACUGGACAAGGAAUCUUUGCCUUUAAAUGUGCCCGUGCAGAAGAGCUAUUUAAUAUGUUGCAAGAGAUAAUGCAGAAUAAUAGCAUAAAUGUGGUAGAAGAACCAGUAGUAGAAAGGAAUAAUCAUCAAACUGAGUUGGAAGCUCCAAGAACCCCUCGAACACCUACCACUCCUGGGUUCAGUGCACAAAGUUUACCUAACGGCUAUCCCAGAUAUCCAUCUUUUGGAGAUGCUUCAUCACAUCCUUCCAGCAGACAUCCUUCUGUCGGAAGCGCACGCCUCCCCUCUGUCGGUGAAGAAUCAACACAUCCUUUACUUGUAGCAGAGGAGCAAGUGCAUACUUAUGUCAACACUACUGGGGUACAAGAGGAAAGAAAAAAUCGAUCAAGUGUGCAUGCGCCACUGGAAUCAAAGCUUUCAAACACUGAAACAAUUAAAGUGAAAGAAGAUAAGAUGUGUACUGAUGACAGAGAUGCUCAGGUUCUCCUGGAGCCCGAAGGAGUCAAGUUCGUUUUAGGACCAACACCUGUUCAAAGGCAGUUAAUGGAAAGAGAGAAACUGGAGCAACUUGGGAGAGACCAAGUUAGCGGCAGCAGCACAAACAACACUGAAUGGGACACUGGGUACGACAGUGAUGAACGUAGAGAAACACCAUCUGGUAAUAAAUUGGUGUAUGAAAAUAUAAAUAGGUUAUCAAUCCCUAGUGCCUCAGGGGUCAGGAGAGGUCGUUUGACAUCAACCAGUACCUCAGACACCCAGAACAUUAACAACUCUGCUCAGAGGAGAACUGCACUGUUGAACUAUGAGAACUUGCCAUCCUUGCCUCCUGUUUGGGAAGCCCGCAAGCUGAGUAGAGAUGAAGAUGACAGUUUAGGACCAAAGACCCCAUCUCUGAAUGGCUACCACAAUAACCUAGAUCCAAUGCAUAAUUAUGUCAAUACAGAGAAUGUAACAGUACCAGCAAGUGCUCAUAAAGUAGAAUUUACACGACGUCGGGACUGUACCCCAACAGUCUUUAACUUUGACAUUAGGCGUCCAAGUUUAGAACACAGGCAGCUCAACUAUAUACAGGUUGACUUGGAAGGUGGUAGUGACUCCGACAACCCUCAGACUCCAAAAACCCCCACCACUCCACUUCCGCAAACUCCAACCAGGCGCACAGAGCUGUACGCUGUGAUAGACAUUGAAAGAACUGCUGCUAUGUCAAGCUUGCAAAAAGCACUGCCCCGAGAUGAUGGUACUUCUAGGAAAACUAGACAUAACAGUACUGACCUGCCUAUGUGAGCCUGGGAAGCAUUAAAUCAUUUGCACCUUUUGUGAAGUUUAUAAAAUUGAAGAUGCAAAUACUUUGCAUUUCUUAACACUAACGCCUUUUAUAGACUAAUAGGACUUUUUCUGCAUACUUCAUGUACUUGUCUAACUAAAGGGAAUUAAUGUAGAGCAAGUAUUCAUUUAGGUAACACUCUUUCAUUCUACAGUAGUAGUAAUUACUGCAUAGCAGCAUCACCACCUUUCACAGUGCCUCUUUAAAUUGAUUAGAGUCUGAGUGACGUGCCAGUUUUGAAUUUAUAAAUAUUCUGGUCUGGUGCCUAUACUUGUUAAUGGCAUUUAUAACACUUUUUAAAGCCUCUUGAUAUGUGCAUUAUUAGCAGGUAAACCUAAUCUUUCAAGAUACCCAUCUUACGUUCAUUCCUUAUUGAAGUGGGUCCUCUGGAAUGAAAUGUGUGUAAUGCAUUAAUUCACUCAGUUUGAUAUACACGAGAUAUAUUGGUUCAUCUCAAGGGAUAUAAACACCACACCUUUGUUGUCUGUUGUUUUGUUUGUGUUUUUUUUUUUUUAAGACCACAUGGGCAAGAAGGCCUCUAAUUCCCAAUAGUUUUUUCUUAACUUGUGUGAUAUUUGAGAGGUCACAUCAAAGUUCAUUGAUCAGAGCUAUGAACACAUCUAAACCCAGCCUUAAGCUCCUUCUGCUAGAAGAGAAUUCUGAGUGGCAUAUCGAGUUCCCUGUGAAAUCUGACAGAAUUUUAAUCUCACUAGAGUUUGGGGUUUUUUUUUUUUGUUUGUUUGUAAAGGAAUUCACAGGUUGGCUGUAUGAAUUAAGGCUCUCUUGUCAUUUCUUAGUUCGGUGUGCCUUCCUUUCUUUGUAUUUGUGUGUUUCUUUUUUACCUGUUCCAUAACGUCUUGUUUUAAAAGUCAAAAUUUUGUACAUAGCUUUAAUUAUUGUUCAGGGUCAUUUAUGUGUUUGUCUUACUCUUUGCAUUUGACAAAGAAAGACUCUUGAAGGUCAAAUGGUUGUCUUUGUCCAGUGUUCUACUUUUUUAUGCCUGACAGAAAUAUCCCAGCUCUCCAGCAGUGUGCAUUAUUGCACAACUGGAAGGGUUUAUUAUGCAGUUAUUGUCUUCCUCUAAAGCGUCAGACACAGGUUACACGGGAGGCAGGGUACUGGACUUAGUUCUUUCUAGAAAACUGUACAUUCUAGCAGUGUGCAUCCAUAGUUGAUCAUAUAAUUUAGAAAGAUUCAUAGUAAAUUAUCUGAAGGUAGCAUUAUCUACAAGCAUACUUCUUUUCCUUUUGCAGUUGGUGAACUUGGUUAUAAUGGCUGCUCAGUGUUACAGGUACAUCCAGGUAGAAUGUUGUUCGUUGAAUAUGCCAGACGCACCCUUAGCAGAAGUUUUGGGUUUGGGUUUUUUUGUUGUUUUUUUUUUUUAUACUCUGAAUAAUUUUAGAAUUCUGGCAGUAUUGCAGGUGCACCUUGGUACUAGCAGCAGAAGAGAUCAUUUUUGAGCCUGUGAUUGCAAAGGAACUGACACUUGUGUGAACUGGUGUGAUGCAAAAUAACCCUUGAACUGUGAGUGAGGAAAAACAUGCAAGAAAAGCCAUUUGGAGAUCUGAAAAAGAAUUAAGGGUCUUCAUGCAAUAUUUGAAUUGAAGUUUUAUAUAAAACAAACUACAAAUAUUUUCAGUCUCUUAAAUUGGAGUGUGUUCCUGUUCCUUUGUUAACUUUUUCUUUGGUCUUCUCUCAGUUUAGUAGUGGCAGCAGUGGUAGCACCUGAAAUACAUGCAUCUUGCCACACCAUUAGGGGAUAUCAGGCAACCUUUUCACUCUGACUUGCAUUAUUCUUUACAGACUGCAUGGUACUAAAAUACUAGAUGCACAAAGGACAUAAUUUGCAGAAGUAAAAGAUGGGAGUCAUUGAGACCAUUAUGAGGAAUUUAAAUGAGAUUUAAAAAAACCCUCAUUAAUGAUUUCACAGUCAACCUAUGCAUACUCUUGUGAUAGACCCGUUGACUUGUGGGGUGACCUUGGUACUCAAGAAGGGAAUGACUACCUAGAGCUAGACAUUUUACAGGUCUGCAGUGUUCGUGCUCCUUCACACCUUUGCCAUUGCCUCACCUUAUGCUAUGGACCGGUCUUGGUCUGCACUGAAGAGAAAUUGCCAGGUAUUGCAAAAUACUUACUGGGUUCGUGAUUCUGGUGUGAUUCUUGUUCUUAGCUUAUAGCUUACUUAAAUUUGUGAGCUGAACUAAUGCUUCAGCAUGUGUUUUGAGGCAAACGUGUUUGAUCUAGCUAGCUGCCUAGAAAUAUUUGGUCCUCAUCUGUAUAGUAUGGGUGUUUCGGAAAUACUAAUUAACUGGACCCUUAAAACACACCUGUGAGGCAGGGAAGUAAUAUUCUUAAUUGACAAAUAGGGAAACAGAGGCUUCAGGUAGAUCCUAAGUGACCUGCUGAAAUUACAGCAACCAACCAUAUCCUUCCUUAGUUCUGGUGCACUGUUCUACGUGUUUAUCAUGAAUAGUCUCAGAUACAAGGGAUGGUCUGAGGAAUUUUUUUUAUGUUGUUGCAAGUUUCACAGUACUCCACAGUGGGUGUUUUCUUAGCUCUGGUCCCCAGAAUUGAGAACAUACUGAAAUUUCAACUUUCUGUAGCCUUAAUUAUAUUAAGUCUGACAUAUUUUCCAGGACUACUUUUUACCCUCUUAGAUUUUACAGGUGGGAUAAUGCUUUCUUGUUUUGUGUACGCUGCAAACAUACCAGGUAGUCCCUGUUACCUGUGCUACUCAUCUUCAGCAUUCCUUAUUUUCUGCCCCUUGAAGUAGGUGUAGUAGCAAUGCACUUUACCCUUUGAGACUUGGUAAAUAUUUUUUCAAUUCAGUCUCUUUUAAAGGCUGUGAUGUUAGGUUUAGUGUCUGUAAUCUAGGAUUCAGUUUUCAGCUGAAAUCCCUCCACAGUAUUUAGGUCGUAUUUAUUUUGGGCCCACAGGUGUAUAGACUGAGAAACUACAAAUACAUAACCAUUUUCUUUAGUAAGUGAGACAUGUAAAGUUUACAUAAACUAGAUCCUGCAAAAAUGGCAGCAUCUCCAUCAGUUCUGCUUUUCAUCCAUAGCAUGCAGUUGGCUGCUACCCUUCAAGCACAUUUGACAUGGGAGAGCCUUUAACUGUAGGUAUUCCUUUAAUGCAAUGAUUUGGGAAAAACAAACAUUAGUGUAUCUUUUAAACAAGGAAACCUGAGUUGAUAAAAAAGAUGAAACAGUGACCAAAAGUACAUAAUAAAGAUUGUACUAGAAGUACAGUUAGUGAGAAUUUAAUCCAUUGGUUAUAUCAGGAAUAUUUUUUUUUCUCAGACUGAUGUCAAGAGGAGGACCAAUUUUU